UGUACGAGUAUAUCAUUACCUCAAGAUGCUCUAGGACGACGCCAUGGUGGAUCGACAUCGCAACACCGUCAGCCAAAUCGAGGAGCCCAGGUCUAGGCCAAGAUGGGGAAGUUUGGCUAAUGAACGAGCUCUAUUAGAUCUUCUUGAUGGAGACCAUCCCAUUCUCCAGCCCACAUCUCUGACGCUUGCUCCGCUAAACUCCAAUAUCUACGCUAGAAGACAUUCUGCACACACUUGUCCCGUCACCGAGGAACAACACACCAAACCACCGACACCCAUACCACCACCGAUACCUUUGCGUCCGCCGCCCGUACCAAAAAGAAACAACAUGCCCGGCAUAAUACCGCCAAACAAACCUCUCAAGACCAUAAGCAACAAACCUGCUGAACCUCCCCCACUACCUCCAACACCAAAAUGUCGAGCGCUACCCAACAACCCUUUCACGGACAGCAAACCAAAACCUCCGCUGCGACAAAUGUCCAUGGAGGCGAACAACAUCAACAUCAGAAGAUUCGACGUGAACAGAAACUGUCCCAAGAACACAAAGACUUCGGCCUUCGCGUUCGACGCGAGUCACAACCAGGAUGUUAAGAUCCCCCCCGCCCCUAUGGGCCCCCCACCGCCAGCCCCCAAGGUGCACAAACCCAACAUGACGGCGAGUAAGGUCCAAGGAAACCAACCCGCCCACGGCAGGGUUUCCAUCAGGCAGGACUCUAGUGUAUCUAGUGAUAGUUUCAGUCAGACUUCUUCGCCCAGUUACACGACCAAAACCAUGGAGACCCCGCUGCUCCCCCCAAGAACUCCGCUCAAACAGCAAAACGGAGGUCUCAUCCCCAAGAUUAAAGACAAUGAGGACGACAACAAUGGUAACACGACUAUAACCAAGAGCGUGUCUACUCCUGCCAGCCUGCAGACGAUAGUGAGGUUCCACAAUGGUUCUAACAUGUCACUACACCACAGGAUAAUAAGAGAUAUCCGUCGUCCGUCUACAGCUUGCGCAAACCGAUUGAAAUUUAGAUUUGCUCAACUAGUGGUAAAUGCUGUAGCACUAUUUGCUAUAGGCGCUGGUAUGGCAGCAUAUUUUAAGGCAUAUCCAAAUUCAGUAACAAUAGUCAAUAAAACGUUAAACGUAACAACAAGUCCAAUUGUAAUCGAAAGGAAGAGCAACAAUCCCGCUCCAGGGAUAUGCUUACCGGUCAUAGUGACCUUCUGCAAGCAGCAUGGAAUACCCUACAACUUCACGGUGUUCCCCAAUUACAUGGGACACUUCGGACAAAGAGACGCACAACAAGAACUUGAAGUCUACGACGCCGUGGUUGAUGUCAGGUGUUACGACCUAGCGGCUUUGUUUCUCUGUUCCUUGUUUGUACCUAAAUGUGGACCUAGCGGCGUUGUGGUGCGACCCUGCAGGAGUCUAUGCUACGAAAACAAACGACGGUGUGGCUUCUUUCUCGACGUCUUUGGCCUGGCUCUCCCCGAGUAUUUGGAUUGUGCCCUUUUUCCAGAAUCAUCGGACCCCAAUAUCUGCGUUGGUCAUCAUGAAGUAAAAGCCGCCAAACUGCGCGCGUCGAGACCUGUGUGCCCGACCGGGUUCCAGUGCGACCUGAAGAGGUGUAUCCCGAAGGAUUGGCAGUGUGAUGGCCAUGUGGACUGCAAGGACCAAUCCGACGAGCUGAACUGCCACAAGUGCGGCAUAGGCAUGAUCAACUGCGGCGCGGACAAGUGUAUCACACAGGAGCAUAUGUGCGACGGGAAAGUGGACUGCCCCUGGGGCCAAGAUGAAAGGAAUUGCCUGCGAUUAAGCGAGAGAAACGGAGAUGAAGGAAAAGGUCAAUUAGAAGUAUAUCGACCCGACCAAGAAAAAUGGGUACCUGCCUGUGUGGCCCAUUGGGAUCGAACAUCUGCGAAAACCAUAUGUUCUCUGCUCGGAUAUUCGAUGGCAAACUACAGCAGUCUCUUGAACGGGAUCCACAUCCAGUCACCUCCGAUUAGAGAAACAACUGCUAUCUGGAGGUUCAACCAACACAAGCGUCCCAAGAAUCUAAUACGAGAAUUCGCUUCGUGCAACGGAACAAACUACCCAACGGUAUAUUUGUCCUGUAGGAACUACAUGUGCGGCAAAGCUCGAAAGAGUUACGACGCCGACAGGCGUCGAACGAGAAUAGUUGGAGGGGUUCGAUCCAAACCGGGAGACUGGCCUUUCCUCGCCGCUCUGCUGGGAGGCCCCGAAGAAAUAUUUUAUUGUGCCGGCGUCCUAAUAGCUGAUCAAUGGGUGCUCACAGCGUCGCACUGCGUUGGGAACCACUCGGACGUUUCCGGUUGGACGAUUCAACUGGGGAUAACACGGAGGCAUGCGCACUCAUUCUACGGACAAAAAAUGAAAGUUAAGCGAGUUGUGCCGCAUCCGAUGUACAACUUAGGCGUCGCUCACGACAAUGACGUGGCUUUAUUCCAGCUUUCAGCGAGAGUGACAUUUCAUGAACAUCUACUACCAGUGUGUCUGCCGCCGCCAAAUAAAGAACUGAAACCUGGGACGAGGUGCACUGUAAUCGGCUGGGGGAAGAAAGAGGACACGGGAAUGUCUGAAUACGAGCCGGAAGUUAACGAGGUAGUGGUUCCAGUACUGAAUCGGGAUCUCUGCAAUAUGUGGCUAGAAAAUCGCGAGUUAAAUGUCACAGAAGGCAUGAUCUGCGCGGGAUACAAAGAGGGGGGAAAGGACGCCUGCCAGGGCGAUUCUGGGGGCCCGUUGCUCUGUCAUGAUCACGAGAGCGACGACCCAGAGAGGUGGUUCGUGGGGGGCAUCGUGAGUUGGGGGAUAAAGUGCGCCCACCCCCACCUGCCAGGAGUCUACGCAUAUGUCCCGAAAUACAUCCCGUGGAUCCACUCCCAAAUGCGGAAAUACUCAGAUUAGUUUCCUUUGUAGAUAAGACAAGUAAAACAAUUAAUUUUUGACAAUAAUGAAACAAGAUUGAAAGGUACAAAUUAUACAAGGUAAACUAUGAUUUUCUAAGGCAUUUAUAUACAAAGAGAAUGCUUACAAAUGUUAUGUAGACACAUUUGUUAUAUUGUGGUAAAGCAGAUUUUUUCCCUGCCACAAACCUGAGCUACGCACAAUAUCUAGAUUGAUCCUUUAUAGUGAUAUCUCGUGACAAUUCACCUAGUGUUCGAGCGGACCGCUACAUGUGAUCUGAAUUAUACAGCUGUAACAUAUACACAAUUGUGACAAAUUUUAUCGGGCCCUAUUUGCUUCGCUACAUACCCUUUUUCGGUUUCAAUCGCUUCCACGCAAUGGGGUGUUUUUGGUUUAACAAACAGGUGAGAAAAUAUGAGAUCCGCAUGUUCUUCUUCUUCAUUUUGACACCAUGUAAGUUCAAAAAAAAAAUAUGCGUUGAGAUAUCAUUAAGCGAAAAUUUCAAAUCCAGUGCCAAAUAUAGUAAUUUUUAUGUUUUAGUCUAUUAGUCUUAAUAGCUUUCGCAAUUUCAGCUGGAAUCUAUUAUAAGAACAUAACUAUUUGUAAAUUGAAAAUAAGUCAUAAAAUUAUGAUUAGAAAUUCCACAUAUUAGUAAGUAUGUAAAAAUUAGUAAGAUAUUUUGGCAAAUACCAAUGUAUAGAAUCCCACCUAGUCGCU